AUGCAAAAACAGAAUGGGAAAGGUCAGCUGAUAUACGAUAGGCUGGAUUGGAAACACGCUUACAUCAGUUACCGGUUUUCCUUUAACGGCGAAAUUCUCGUGUCUCGUUUCUCCAAUUGUGGAAGAAGGUGGAAGAAGAUGGAAGAAUACUUGCAGUGCAUGAAGACUCUGCGCUCUCAAAUGAACGAUGUGGAAGAUGAAGCGGCGAAGAUUUCGGUCGAAGAGGAAAUGCAAUUCACCAACGUACGCACUUUGGAAAACGACAUCGACUCAGCAAAAUCGGGAAUUACGCAACUCAAGGAAGACACUGAGAAGAUGAGGGCGGCAAAGGGCGAGAUAUGCUCGAAGAUAUUGGAAAAACAGAAAAGGAUUGCCACUUUGGAGUCUGACACAAUCAAACUCUCCCAGACUUUGGAGCUUAUUCAGCAAGAGAGAGUUGGGUUAUCUUUCAAGCUUUCAGAGAAGAGAGCCUACUAUAACAAGGUUGCAGAGGACAUGAAUGCCAAAUUACAGAAGCAACAGGAAUGGGUCAGUAGUACUCAGAAGAUUAGCAGGGAACUGAAAAAGCAUGAUUUGGUCACCGGAAAGGUUGCUGGACAAAUAAGUAAAGCUGAAGGGAAGACUGGUGCGAUUAACCUUGUCGGGGAUAACGUGGGGAGUGUUACAAGGAGGAAUUUAAUCACUGAAUUGGAUUCGGCUAAAGCAAGGCUUGAUGAGAUUCUUACUCUGAAAGCCAAUGUUCUUACCGAGAUCAACAAGGUUGUGAAAUAUAAAUUACUCAAGCUUACGGUUGUUAAGUUCAAUGAAGUAAAACUGGCUUUUGAGGAUGUGAAGUGCAGAGAAAACGAGUUUAAGCCCGAGUUGAAAGCAGCAGGUAUAACUGCUCUUGAAGAGGAAUAUAAAGCAAUUUUGUCAGAUAAAGCUGGAGAAACUGAAUACUUGCAAUCUCUAGAGAAACAAGUUGAGAAACUUAAGGAGAUUCGUCAUGUGUUAAAAUGUGCUUGUGGAGAGGAAUACACAAUCGCAGUAAAUACUGCUGCUGUACAUCAGUUUGGAAAAAAACUAACUGAAUGGUUUCUUGACUUAUGA